GCUCUGCCGCUCUGCCGCUCUCCCUCUCUUCCUCGUACUCUUUGGGUUGAUUCUCAUUUUCCACAGCUAAACAAUGGCGACCGACCCCUCCGUGGGCGCGGUGUGCGAUCCACAGGGUGUUUGCCGAAUGCCUGCGCGGGGUGACACUGGCAGCGCCGGUGAGGCUAGUCUCAUCCCCCUCCCGAAGGCAUUGCGGCCGUUGAGUGUUCUCGAAGACGAGGCUGGGCACAAGCUGUCUCCCGCUGCAGUGUUCAAGGGAAAGAUGAUCGGAGUCUACGUGUCGGCCGGGUGGUGCCCCCCUUGCCGCGCGUUUUCGCCCCUGCUCUCCAAGUGGGCGAAGGAGCACAAGAACGAAUUCGAAGUGGUCUUCGUUUCCUUGGAUAAAAGCGAGCAGGCAAUGCGCGACUACAUCACCGGCAAGGGCUUCGUGCGUCUGCCGUUUGAGCCGGAAUCCGACAGACACCGCGCGGCGGAAUCGUUCGGCGUUCAGGCCUUGCCCACCCUUGUUGUCGUGAACGGAGACACCGGAGCGGUGGUGACAAGUUGGGGGCGAUCGGCGAUUACGAAGAACCCGAACGGCUGCCUGAAGGCGUGGAAAGAGGGGAACCACGGGGUGUCAUGGCUUCAGCUGCUCAGGCCUUGGUGAAACGGAUUUUGAGAGCAAAUGACCCUCCGGGCUAGACUUGGCUUUAGAUUUUCGCGCCGAUCAACCCCCACAAGACAAGCGCCAAGUUGGGAAGUUGGGGUCAAGCUUCCUUCUUUUGUUUCCUCGUGAAGUUACUCUAGUGGCGGCACCCCGCGUGUGGUUACCGCGGCCACAGUUGCUCGGCCCUUGAAAGUAGACCCCAGCUGUUGAAGCUACAUGCCAAGGUUACCCCGAUCCGGAGCUUGGUUUCUGGCUUAGGUUGGCUGCUAGACAGGACUUGAAUGGGAUAUGAUACCUUGUUUGGAUUGAUCCUAUUGCGUGAUGAUGGUGUUUGUUGCAGUGGGGAAUGCUGCUUGUUCGUUGCUC